UCCGCUCGUGCGAGGAUCAGUCGAUUCAAAGAGGUUGUUGUGAUCGUCAUAUUUUUCUCACAGAUUUCGACCACUUUUUAAUUUGAACGUCUGCUUGUGUGCUGCCCCUCACUAAUUGAAACCCAGAAAUGGACCGGUAGGAUGUGGUGUGGAACUCUCACCUUCUGAGGCGGCGAAAGUGUGGCGGAUCAGUCUCAAUCGGAGCUGAGCUUUUGAAUCGGAAUUCGAAAUUUUACGGCCGAGAAAUGGUUUCAGCCGAACCAAGUAUUUUAUCUGGAUUGGCAGCGACUCUGGGUUGCUCAGAGCCAGCGUUGAAGCUCCUGCUGUCUUUGGUCGUUGGCUAUCCAAUCGCGUUCGUUCACCGUAAGACAAUGUAUGGGAAAAAUGCAAAUUUGCAACAUUUCUUCUUCAUGUUGUGUGGAGUUGCAAUUGGCGUGUACAACUACAAAUUUGGAGUUGGCCAUUCCAUAGCUGCUGUUGUUACAACAUACGUCUUGUUGAAAGUUUUUGGCGGAACUACUGCUGGAGUUGUUAUCUGUUUUUUGUUCAACAUGGGAUAUUUAGUGAUAGGAUAUUUCUACACUGGCACGGAGACAUAUGACAUAAAAUGGAGCAUGCCCCACUGCGUCUUGACCCUUCGUUUGAUUGGGUUGGCAUUUGACGUGUAUGAUGGCCAUAGAAGUCCUGAAGCUCUUUCAAAGGAUCAAAAAAUCACUGCCAUCAACAGAGUGCCAUCUUUGUUGGAAAUAGCAGGGUACACCUAUUUCCCUGCUUCGUACAUGGUCGGCCCUCAAUUUCCAAUGACCAGGUACUUGGGCAUGAUCAACGGUACUUUGAAACCAAAGGACCAAGAAAAACCUGCCUGCAUGGUUCCUGGUCUGCUGCGCGGAUUAGGCGGAUUUGUUUACUUGGGCAUUUACCAAAUUGGAAACAUUUACUACAAAGACGAUUACCUCUUAACAGAAGCAUUUGCGAUUCUCCCAUUUUGGAAAAGAGCUCUGCAAAUGGGCGUCUGGGGCAAGAUCAUGAUGUACAAGUACAUCUCUUGCUGGAUGAUCACAGAAGGCGUGUGCAUUUCAUCAGGUCUCACAUACAAUGGUGAGGAUGAGUAUGGCAAAGUCAGGUGGAAUGGAUGUGCAAACGUGAGACUGAGAGUCUAUGAGGGCGCUGUCAAGUUCGGACACCUCAUCGAUUCCUUCAACACCAACACCAAUAAUUGGGUUUUGCAGUACAUUUACAAAAGGCUCAAGUUCAUGAACAACCGCUACAUUAGCCAAGGCACAACCCUCUUGUUCCUUGCCUUGUGGCAUGGCUUGCAUUCUGGCUACUACAUGUGCUUUAUGUUGGAAUUCAUCAUCAUGAAAGUGGAAAAGGAGGUUGAGUUGAUCUUUGCUGCAAGAAAAGAUUGGACCGAAGCCAUCAGCAAGCCAGGAGUUUGGCACGUCUUGUGGGUGGUGCGGAAAAUCUAUCUGAUCGUGUUCAUGGGCUACUGCAUGGUUCCGUUUGUUCUGCUCAAGUCUCACAAAUGGUCUGUUGCCUUUAGUGCUGUGUAUUGGAUGGGGCACGUGUUCUUUUUGCCUUGGUUCUUCUUUGGCCAUUUGGUUGUUAAAGCUUUGAGACCUCCAAGGGUCAAAGAAAGCAAGAAAGAGUGAAAUUUCACUUCAAGUGCAGUGAAUGGCUUUUGGAAAACACAAUUCAAACCGUGAUUCGCUGCAAAAUGAUGUGGGAAAUAAAAAUGCAACAAUUUAGUCACUCUGAUCGCAUAAUAAUUUUGUCACUUGUUUUUAACUGAGGAAGACGCCAAUUUUGCCAAAAUGAGUAAUAGUUUGUGUGUGCAUGAGAACCUUCUAGUAGUUGUUCGAGAGUGACAGUUUAGUCAGUGCCGCACUGCAACAUGCCUAUAAAAAGCAUUUUAAAGCGGUGCGUUUUUCGUCCAUCUUGUUAUUAAUAUCUGCUCUUGUAACUGAUGCAAGUUGCCAAAAAUGUCAUUUUUCUCUAGCGAUUCAGCUACGUCAUGACUACCAUGUGAAGCAAAAUUGCUUGCUUGCUGAUGCUCCAUUUUAGGGUUGGCACAACCAUAAUAGAAUUCCCACAAGUCUUAUUUGCCCAAAAUACCUAACAGCCUUUUUUCCAUCUUAUUACUUCAAAGUCAAAGUAAUCGUGAAUCUAGUUAUUGAAAAGAACCAACUCAUUUGAGUAGAGUUUUGUAAACUAUUCAACGAGCUGUAAAAUUCUUGAUAUUGCUGUUGAUGCAACUGACUUGCAAAGUUGUUAAAAACCCCCCUUCUACUAAACAAAUUUUAGAACGUUGCAUUGAAAAUGACCUCUCAGUUUUAGUGUUGAAAAAUUUAGAAACAUAGAUUUUGCAAGCAUGAUUCGAUCUAUUGUAUUAGUUCCAAUAGGCAAUUUGAUGUUGCUAUUUCAAAUAGAUAUUAUGCUGUGCAGUUGUAUAUUAUGAGAUGUAUUAGAUUUCGCAAAGAAAUUUAUACGCAGGAUUGAAAUUACAAUACGUGAGAAGCCUGUGCAAUAAUAAACUUGCAAUCCCUUAUCUCUAA